CAAAACACACUAUAAAUUAACCCCUUCCUCUUCCCCCCAAAAUCACCCACAUCCAGUAUUCUCUCUCUCUCUCUCUCUCUCUCUCUCAAGGCCUAGUUUUUUUUCUCUCUCUAAGACCCUAGUCUCAAAUGGCUCGUACAAAGCAGACAGCUCGGAAGUCCACCGGAGGCAAGGCACCAAGGAAGCAACUAGCCACCAAGGCCGCUCGCAAGUCCGCUCCAGCCACCGGUGGUGUGAAGAAGCCCCACCGCUUCCGCCCCGGCACGGUGGCGCUCCGGGAGAUCCGAAAGUACCAGAAAUCCACAGAGCUUCUGAUCCGAAAGCUUCCAUUCCAGAGACUUGUUCGUGAGAUCGCUCAGGACUUCAAGACCGAUCUCCGAUUCCAGAGCUCCGCUGUUGCGGCCCUCCAGGAGGCUGCUGAGUCUUACCUUGUUGGACUGUUUGAAGACACCAAUCUUUGUGCUAUUCACGCUAAGCGUGUCACGAUUAUGCCUAAGGAUAUGCAGCUUGCUCGCCGCAUCAGAGGCGAACGUGCUUAGGGUUUGAGAUUUGUUGCCUAAUGUGAUUGUGAAUCAAUGGUUAGUUGUUUUGUAUAGGUGGUUAGGGUUAGUUGUUGUCUGGUUUCUAGUGCUUUGUCGGUUCUGUGUUUUUAAUUUGGUGUCCUAUCUACUGUUGAAGCUUUUGUUAAGUUAUUUUCAAUGAAAAUUAUGCUAUUAUGUAUUCUAUUGA